UCGAGUGAGGAGGGUGUUUACGCUCGCGCGGUUGAUCGCGGUCGUUCUGACUUUCCGAUAAUAAGCCGAAUUCGAUCCGUUUUUGGAGAGUGUGAACUCCGACGAUCUCGCGAUGUGAAUAAAACGGUGAGACGGCGAUGCAAAGUUUGCGCCUGGAUAUUUCGUGAUCGAAUUGCGAGCGCGUAUCGCAAUCGAUAUGUGUUAAGAGGUCGCGUAUCGCGCAUAAUAUCGAGAAUCGAAACGGAACAGUUAGAUUCUUAUCGCGUGUGAUCGUACAAUUCUGUGAUUCUAACGAUUUCGGUGAUAUGGAUAAUGCGUACGUGCAGAUUAUGGCCCGCAUUGUUGUGGCCGAUCGAAGUGAGACGUCAUUACGUCACGCGGUUUGAAUUGGCGGGAAUCCGUGGCAGCAUCGGUGUGAAAUUCGCGCGAGUGCAAGUUGACGAAAACGCGUGGCUGGACUAUCUCGGCAAUAUGGUGUAUCGCGGAACUAGCUUGUGCCUUCAAGCUUGAUCGAAGUAGACCGGCCGGAAUGAUCGAUCCGAGUUCGAUGACUUCGCGGCGGGUGACCCGUUGACGUUGGAUGGCUACGGCUGGUAUCUUGAUCUCGCGCGCGGAGUCGAUGACCAAAGUGUGCGGGUGGUGCGGCAUGUCGGUGCGCUAGCAACAGCAUACGAUUGUGCGGUGUCGUUUUAAAAGUUGACUGAUUAGUGUGACGAUGAUUUUAAUCAGUGCAACAGUGAGGAGGCAGCGAAUAAUGAUGCUCUUGUUGGCGGUGUCAUUCCUGUUUCUUCAUCGGGUAGCGGCCACCGACCGUUUGGCCUUGUUGUCAGGCACCCUGAAGACCUAUCAACGCGCAGCCUGCGACGAAGAAACGAUGACAUUGAAAUGUCCACCCGGCACGACCAUCUUAGUCGAACACGCUCAAUACGGAAGAACGGGAAUGCACGGCAUCAGCAAAUGCAACUCGUCCGUUGCCCCGAUGAUUGCGGAAGACGAGCCGACGAAUCACACGUGCAUCUGGCCGCAAUCAGUGCAGCACUCACUGUUGCAGAGGGUGGUCGGAAUUUGUCAGAAGAAGCGGCAGUGCAAGUUCAACACCAGCCCGAAGACUUUCGGCGACCCUUGCCCCGGAAUGCAAAAGUACCUCGAAGUCGCCUACAAAUGCCGUCCCUAUGAAUUCAGGAGUAAAGUGGCUUGCGAGAACGAUGUCGUCAAUCUCGUUUGCCACCCGACCCAGAGGGUCGCGAUCUUCAGCGCGUCUUUUGGUAGGACGGAAUAUGAAUCUCUGCAGUGUCCGCAGCCGCUGGGCGUGCAAGAAGAAAAUUGCAUGAUGGAUUUUGCAACGGAAACCGUAAUGCAAUUAUGCCACGGUAAACGACGAUGCUCGGUGAUAGCUAACAGUACAACGUUCGGUAGACCCGAUCCUUGCAGCCCAAUGAGCAAGACCUAUCUCAAAGUCGUGUACACUUGUGUUCCGAGAUCGGUGUUACGGGAACAAUACGAAGGCGAGAUCGAGCCGGAUGAGUUGCAACUGAUGCACGAGUUCGAGGAGGGCUUCGAUCGAGUGGACUUCAGGACGGAAUUCAGCCCGAGUCCGAAUCUCGAAGGACCGCAGCCGCAGCCUCGGGACAAUGUUUCCAGAAAUCUUCCGACCGCCAGCUCGUCUCCGCCUCGUGCGCGGACCAACAACGACGUGGACGCGUUGAACAUGUUAAAGUCGCUCGGUAUCGGGGCGAAACAUUUACCCUUAUCGCCUUUACCGCCCACGGUUAUCCAGGGGGUUGCGAUGGCGAGCGACCACCAGGGGGUUGGUAAUGCUGCAACCACGCCGAGCGCGGUCGGCGCAUCCGGAAACUGCACUACCGUCGUCUACUCGUUUCCGGAAGAGGAGGAUCACCUAGUGGUGGGAUACCUCAAUGAGUGGAUCAAUGCAUAUUCCUUUAUAACGAACAACCAAGAAAAAUUUUACCUCUACAUUAUCGUAUCGGUCAGCGCCGGUAUCUUGCUCUUUCUGGGACUGGUUAUUGGCCGUCUGUUAGUCAGCCGGCAUCGCGCCAAGAGGGAUGCAAAGUUCCAUGCGAAUAACGAGACUCUUCCAAAUGGAUUCACCGACGAUAUUUCCGAAAUCGAUGCCGACAUCGAUCUUACCACACCGGUCGCAGUACCUAUGCAAGACGCAAGAUUGCCGGAAACUCAGUUGGCCGAGAGGCUUCACGGCGAACGUUAUUAUGCCGACACGAGGAUACCUCUGUCGCCGACGAGCAUCCACACCUCGUCGGUGCCUCACGCGACAAACACGGGGAUGCGCGUCGACCUCGGGAAUCACAUGGUUGGGACGGAUAAUCUUCACACGAUCCUACGCACGGAGAAUCCCCGGAGCCUCAACAGCAAAAGCUAUUACUACGGCUGACAAGAGGAAGGGGUUGUCCCGCGCGAGGGACGACCCCCGUCCUUGAGCCCGGUACCGGAAGUGAGCACGCGAAAAUAUUGCUUUUAAUUGACGGAACGAAAAAAACGUGCUCGGACUGACUGAAAGGCAGGGGCUUACUUCGUCUUCACCGAGCCGCUGUAAAUUAUGUUGAAGACACGAGAAAAUUUGUGCCAUUUAUUGCACCGAAUUACGGUAGGUAGUGACAGUGCAAGAGACUCAGAUUUGUGACUAAGUUUAACGAUAAGUAUUCGCUGAUGACCGUUAAUACAGACUUACACAUGCGCGAAUUUGUAUAAAAGUCCGCAAAAGUGUCGUCCAUUUUUUUGGGAUUUGCGCGAAAGUUCUCGAGGAGUGAUGUGUAAGAGAGGAAUGAACGAAUCGCAUAGUUACGACAUUGUUUUGCUGCAAUAUUGCAACGAGAACGAUAGCGGUAUGUUAAAAAAAAAAAUCGAUUUAUAAAUGUGUAUAAAUAAGAAUGCUCGAGCGAGGAGAGGAAAGAGGAGAAAUUUCUCUGAACUGAACGGAAUAGUUUUAAGGAUCACCGCAAGCAUUUAUGUUAUAUUAUGCAUUUAAUCGCCACGACAGAGAAAGAAUGAUCUCUAAUUAAUGCAAUUCUUCCGAAUUGAUAAACAAUUACUAAGAAAAUAGACAUGAGUUAUUGAUAAUAUUUAUUUCUUGGAUUACUAAGCUAAGUCAAAUCGACGGAUUUCAGUUUCGUUGUUUAAUAUUAUAUAAAUAGAGUUUAACAUAUCUUGCGGAGACUGUGUUACCGACCUUUAUAUAUUCGUCGAUCGAACUCGCACUGUAUACCUUACAUUCGCUGUAUACACGACUCUUAUACCCUCGGCAGAAUCUGGCUAAACUGAAGCUGAGUUCCAUGAAGCAUAUCGAUAACUGGCCGGCAACGUUUUUGCCGACAGACUUCUGGGACUUGAUUUUAUUUAUCUAGGUUUUUGGUGAUCAGCUGUGAGUCAGCGAGAAAGAAAUCACCAGGUCAGGCAUUCAUCUGAAGAAUGUCAACGAUAUGGAAAGUAAUAUUGAUGUACUUUAUGAGUAAUAUUUGAUGUCUAAUUUCGUCGUUAUGUCAAACGAGAUUUUUGUCAGUUCUCUUAAGAGAUCUAUCACGCAAUCUUCUUAGGAAAAAGGAAUCCAAUAUUAAUCAAGGUUCUUUAAACCGAUCACCGUUUAUGUGCGAUGGCUGGAAAUUAUCGAUCAGUACGACCGUAGAAACAGCAGCCGCACUCGUAUAAUCUCACGCCCGCACUCAAGAAAAUCUCUCAACGAACUUACAGCGGUUUUGUAUACCGAAGCUACGCUGCCAUAGUCGCGAGACGAUUUUUAUAGAAAUAUUGGUACGUAUGUAUGUAUAUCACGUUGUAAAUAGGAACGUCUAAUGUAAUAUAACAUAUAUAUACAUAUAUAUGGAUAAGUAAGCGAGAGAGAGGGAUGCGCGUAAUAAGACUUAGAAAGAGAAAGAGGUCGGAGAUUGUAACUGAGGGUUGCCCUUUGUGCCAUACAAUCGAUUUUGCAAUCGUGCGAGAAAACGGGAGAGAAGCGCACGCCUCUCUGUCGAGCUUUGCGGAAAUUCUCCCUCGCGGACGAUCGCGGAUAAGGUAGUGAUAUAAAAGAGUUCGGAUUUUUCUUCCAUGUAAAGAGAGUGUGGAUUUCGACCAACGUGGAUACGCAAUCUUGUUUGUGAUCUCACGAUUAACCAUUGAUCCUAAAAUUUGUAUAAGAGUAAUUUGAUGAUCGAAUCAUACAUGAUAAGUUGAUGUUGCAGGUUUAAUAAACAUUAGAUCUGAAAUUAAA